AUGGACAAUAAGAACGCCCUUGGGCGAGGAAUUGAUACCAUUCAGAUAACAAAAGCCAGGGAAAUCCAUAUGCAAACUGUCAGGUCUCGAAUGCCUCAAGCAGUUCCAGUUCCAACGACCCAAACAGAUUCGAUGGGACCCGGAAACACCACGACGAACGUGGCACCACAAGUCGGUGGAUGCCAUAUACAUAGGCAUCGGGCCAAUAAUCCGAACAAUCCACCGUGCGCACAUUGCGGGGCUGUCAUUAUUCCAGCCCCAAAGGCGAGAUUUCCUGCUGAAGAUGAGCCCUCGAUAACAAUUGGAGAUUGGACCAUUUCAACUCGCAAGAAAACGAUUUUGAAUUCGGUGGAGAUGGAGCAGUGGGAGGAGAAGCUGAGGGGGCUUGCAUUACCGGAAAUGAUUUUUGGUAACAGUUUUGUGCGAGUGGAAAAUAAAGCCCAUGGAUUCGUCAUGGAGUUUAACGCGUUAGAAGCCUUGAAGGCGGUAAAACUAGAAGAUUCGGGUAUUAGGGUUUCUUACGCUCAUAAAUGGAUCUCGUCGAAGAAGCGAAAUAGGGAGAAAAGCGCUGACCUGCAGGAUACCUCGCUCGAGAUAGGACAUCACUACGAUUGGACAUAUACAACAAGCUAUAAAGGACAUUUUGAAGGCCCCAGCCUGAAAAGGGACGACCAAGAGCGAAUACCCAUUGAUAAAUUGUCUCGUCCUGACCCAAUUUUGUUUUACGAUGAUAUGAUUUUGUUUGAAGACGAAUUGGCAGAUAAUGGUAUUGGGGUGCUCAAUGUUAAAGUUAGGGUCAUGAACGAACGGCUUCUCGUUUUGAGCAGAUUUUUCUUAAGAGUCGAUGGAGUGUUGUUCAGGGUUUACGAUACUCGUUUGUUUGUUGAGUUCGAUGAAAACAAGUUGAUACGGGAAUACAAAGAGCACGAGGACACAUAUCAAAACGUUUUGGCGAAUAAGGCCCUUAAACACGUCCGAGACCCCAAAGCCAUGCUGAGAGACAGUAAUUGGGUGGCAAGUCAACUGCCAUUGCGAAAGCGUGAGUGCGAAGUGUUACAAUUGUGA